GGAGAUGGUGGGCGCAGGCUCCAGAGGCUCAAGAGGAGGAGGGGAAAGAGGCAAGUCCGGAAACCUUCGGCCAAUCAGACGGCCGGAGCCGAGCCAGCUGGGGGGCUUCGCGCUGCAGGGCUCUGCGUGGGAACGCUAACCUGGUCCGGAGUGAGCCUGGGUCUCAGUCCCGCGGACAGCUUUUCACGAGUCUUCUAGCCUUCAGGCUUUCUUCUAGUCAAGAUGAGUGAUAAACCAGACUUGUCAGAAGUGGAGAAGUUUGACAGGUCAAAACUGAAGAAAACUAAUACUGAAGAAAAAAAUACUCUUCCUUCAAAGGAAACUAUCCAGCAGGAGAAAGAGUGUAUUCAAACAUCGUAAAAUGGGGAUCUCCUCCAAAGAACAUAUUUCAACAUUGCCUUACAGUCUUGGUUUUAGGCUUGUUUUUUUGUAAACCUAUGUGUUUGUAAAGAUUUCAGGCAUCUUCUGAUUUCUUCUUAACUGUAUUCCCUGGCUAAGGUAGUGAGUGUUUCCUUAAGUUCCUUUUUAAAUUUCCCUUUGGUAUGUAAAUUCCAAAUGGCAGAUGCUGUCAAUAAUCUUGCCAUUGAUGACCUUUGUAUGUUUAGUCCUUGCAUCUCAUACAAGAUAAGCCGAUUUUAACCUUCUACAAUGGAUGCCUCAAUUGUUUCAUAAUCUUCAUGAAGAUGCAUCCUUUGGCAGCUUCUUAUAGUUUAUUUUCACUUCCAAUGUAGCAAUAAAAUAAUAAAUGUAAUA